GGCAGGGUAAGAGAGAGGAUGCUCGAUUACGGGAAAGGAGAUAGGAGAAUCAAGCCCAUUAGGCUUGGUAAAAUGAACGACAUAUUUUUGCUAGUUGUUCCUUAGCCCAAACUUUUUAAGCUGAAAUGAGGAUUUAAAAAUCACUACGGAAUGUAUUUUGACGUGGAGGUCGUACUUAUGAUAGUUUAUUUGUGGUACAGUAGCGACCACGUGGUGUGCUUACCUUCAACAUUGAAGAUUGGUGUAUUAUUCACUGAAGAUCAGAAAGAAAGCCCAACAGAGCUUGCGUUUAAAUAUGCUGUGUAUAGUAUAAACAGAGACAGGAGCAUUCUACCGAACACCACCCUCAUCUAUGAUAUCCAGUACGUGCCAAAAGAUGACAGCUUUCAUGCUUCAAAGAAAGCCUGCCUCCAAGUGAGUUCUGGAGUAAGUGCAAUCUUCGGUCCCCAAGACGCUCUUCUGGGAAGUCACGUUCAGUCCCUGUGCGAUGCCCUGGACAUUCCUCACAUAGAAUCACGUGUCGAUAUGGAACCCGAGAUGAAGGAAUUCUCCAUCAAUCUUCAUCCUAGCCCGAGGAUAGUUGGUUUGGCCAUCCGAGAUCUCAUUCAUUACUUGAAUUGGACAAAAGUGGCCAUUGUAUACGAAGAGGAUAUGUCUCUGAUAAGCCUACAAGAACUCAUACGUCCUCCUGUACCUAGGGAUUUGCAAUUGAUUUUUCGGAAAGCUAGUGUACAUACAUUUAGAGAUACCUUAAAAGAUAUUAGAAGAAGAGGAAUAUUUAGCUUGGUAAUAGACACUCGUCCGCAAAACUUGCCUCAUCUACUGCAAGCAGUACUUCAAGUACAAAUGAAUGAUUAUAAAUAUUAUUAUCAUUUCACAACAUUUGAUCUAGAGACUUACAACUUGGAAGAUUUCAAGUAUAAUUUUGUAAAUAUGACGGCCUUUCGAAUGACUGAUACCGAGGAAUCAUCCGUGAAGCAAGCCUUAAAUGAAAUGGAAAAAUUUCAACCAGUUGGGCAAUAUAUAUUAAAUAGGUCCAAUAUAAUUAAGGUUGAACCUGCUCUCAUGUUUGAUUCAGUUUAUGCUUUUGCUAAAGGUCUCCAUUCUCUACAGCAAGGAACAGAUCUACGACCAGCAAAUGUUUCUUGUGAAGAAGAAAUUCCUUGGACCGAUGGGAGCAGUUUAUUCAAUUAUAUAAACUCGGUAGAAUUUUUAGGUUUGACUGGCAAAGUACAAUUUAAGGAAGGACGUAGAAGUAGUGUCAAAUUUGAUUUGCUAAAAUUGAGAGAAACAAGUUUAGAAAAGGUUGGAGAGUGGACAACAGGAGGUCAUUUAAAUAUAACAAAUCAUAAAGUAUUUCAUGAAUUUGGAACGACAAACAUUACUCUAAAGGUCACAACAAUUGAGUCCACACCCUAUGUAAUGAUGAAAAAGGAUAAGAACCAAACAGGAAAUGAUAGAUUUGAAGGAUUUUGUAUAGACUUACUGAAAACAAUUGCUGAUCUCAUUGGAUUCAGCUAUGAGCUGUAUAUAGUUCCAGACAAGAAGUUUGGCGCUGAAAACACCACGACAGGUGAAUGGAAUGGAUUAGUUAGAGAAAUAAUCGACAAAAAUGCUGAUCUUGCCAUGGCGCCAAUGACAAUUAAUUAUGCCAGAGAAAGUGUGAUUGAUUUUACGAAACCAUUCAUGAACUUAGGUAUUGGAAUUCUUUUUAAACUUCCCAAAAGUAUGCCAUCUCGUCUCUUCUCAUUCAUGAGUCCACUUGCCGUAGACAUUUGGCUUUACGUUCUGGCUGCGUAUGCGCUAGUUAGCUGCUGCAUGUUCAUCGUGGCACGUUUCAGCCCCUAUGAAUGGCAAAAUCCUCAUCCUUGUGUAAGUGACAGUGACGUCAUGGAGAACCAGUUCAGUUUAGCGAACAGUUUCUGGUUCACCAUCGUUACCCUGAUGCACCAGGGCUGCGACCUCAACCCAAAGGCGACGUCCACGAGAAUCAUCGGCGCCAUGUGGUGGUUUUUUACACUUAUUAUGAUUUCGUCCUACACCGCAAACUUAGCAGCAUUUCUUACAGUAGAAAGGAUGAUAACUCCUAUAGAAAGUGUAGAAGACUUAGCAGAACAAAACAAAAUUGCCUAUGGUACCUUAGAAGGUGGGUCUACGAUGACAUUCUUUCGGGAUUCAAAAAUUGAAACAUACCAAAAAAUGUGGAGGUUUAUGGAAAAUCGCCCCUCAGUUUUUGUAAGUUCUUAUGAAGAAGGCGUAAAACGUGUUUUGGAAGGAAAUUAUGCAUUUUUAAUGGAAUCAACUAUUUUGGACUAUAGUGUACAAAGAGACUGUAAUCUCACUCAAGUUGGAGGAUUAUUAGAUUCCAAGGGAUACGGGAUUGCCACUCCUAUGGGUUCACCUUGGCGAGACAAAAUAUCUCUGGCCAUUCUGGACCUUCAAGAGAAGGGCGUCAUUCAAAUGUUGUACAACAAAUGGUGGAAGAGUUCAGGCGUCUCCUGUGCCAGAGAGGACAAGAACAAGGAAGGGAAGGCAAACUCUUUAGGAGUUGGCAAUAUAGGUGGGGUGUUUGUUGUCCUCUUGUGCGGAUUAGCUGUUGCCUUUGUAGCUGCUAUCAUUGAGUUCUUCUGGAAUUCCAGGAAACACGCACAGACUGAAAGAAACUUGGUAUUUUGUUCCACACAGCAGUCACUGUGCUCUGAGAUGGCAGAGGAACUACGCUUCGCUGUAAAAUGCCGAGCAUCUCGCCAACGUCCUGCACUUAGGCGCCAAUGCUCCAAAUGUAUACCUGGUACUACUUACGUCCCAGCAGCCUUAGAAGUUCCUCAGGAAAAUGGAAUCAUGCAGAUGAUAGAAAUGAGGAAAUCUCCUCUUACUUACGAGAGUGCCGGCGACUCCUAGUUCCACAAGUGCCAACAUCGUCAUUCAUCUGCCUUUCAGCACUCUCACAACCCAUGAGAUAUUUUGGAUUCAAAUCAGGAUAAGGAAGAAAAGUUUUCACUACAAAAGUGCCAUUUUGAGAUGGCAAAUCAGCUGUGAUGCGAAUCGUUGCAAAAUAUACGUCUGAAUGUAUCUCAAUGAAGCAAGUCAGUGAUGUUAGAUGCACAACUGAGUUUUAUAUCGUGAAAAUUUAUUGUAACCAUGGCGAUCGAUAAUUCGAUCGUCUAGAGGAAUAUUCUUUUAAUUGAUCCGAUCCAUUUAGAUUAUACGUGAGCUCCUUAUUGGAUUAUUAAUAUCUUUUCUUUGGAAAGUGAUAUCUGUAAAAAGAACUUAUAAGUGAGUUUAAUGUUGAAAGUCUGGAUAAUACCUGUUUGUAUUUUAAGCAAAAAUAUAUUGAUUUUGAUUGAUUAAAAAUCACUUUUGAUGUAAUGGAACAUUUCUAAAAUUUCUUUGUUGAUACUGUUUUAUUACAAUCUUAAAAAAAACUAAUAUUUAGAUGGUAUCUUUGUAAAAAUAGUGAUUUGUGUAAUACACUCAUUGUAUAUUACAAAAGCUUUUCCCUAAAUUCUAAAUUUAAACCCUCAUUCUCAACGACUUUUAAUUUAUAAAUAUCUAGAACAAUUGUUUUGAAAAGUCAAUUCUACGCAAUAUAAGGCUAAGUCACAAAUGUAAUCUAAGAAUAUAACAAAAAAAAAACAUUCUGAUAAUUUUAUUGUUAUGUUGAAUAAAUGAAUUAUAUACUUAAAGUAUCAAAACUAGUUUUCCAUAAAUUACUAAUUUACAUAUUUCAUUAUUUUUUUCUGUUAUUUUUAGAAUUUAAUAGAACCAUACAUCACUUAAGAUAGCUACUUGUAAUUAAUUAAUUAUAGUAUUUACAUUCGUAAACGUGUGAUAAAAUAGCAAAGAUAAUUUGAUUUAAAUUUUUUUCUCGUGGCAAUGGUUUAGAAAUAAGUGUCUGUUUUACUAGGUGAAAAGAGAAAAAUGGGUGAUAAUGGCGAGUAAAACUAAUUAUACAAAUGCCUGAUGGAUGAGACAAAGGAUUGGCGUUGACAUAAAUUGUUCUUGUAAAAGAAGACUCCAUAUGUGAUUCGGAAUAAUCAAUUAAGAUGUAUGUAAUUUGAAACGCUUGCUUUUUCGGAACACAAAUCCAGAUGGGUGACAAAAUAAUACGUACAAAAAAAUAACACUUCUGUACUAACUCUAUGUAAACAUUGUUUCUUUUAGCAGCAAAUCUUUAGGAAGGUUUUACGUUGCAUAAUUCGGGGUACAAUUUGAAGGAACAUGAUUGUAGCUAUUAAAAAAAGUAUCCAUUUUACCGAUGCAAAAUGUGCACCAACCAAAAUGACAUGAGUAGUUGGAAGCUUUUUUCCUUUUUUAAUUACAUUAUAAUUAUGAAAGCAUUCUUAUAUAAACAUCAGAAUUCUAUUGAAUGAUUUCAGAUUUACUGGUAUUAAGGCUAGAAAGAAGUUAUUAAAUUCCCAUUUAUUUUGUUCCAUCUGAUUUUUGCAUGAGUUAAAGUGACACCAUUUCUAAAAGCUUCCAGCACCAUCGUUCUAAUUUGGCAAUGUAAAAUAGUCUGAAGCAUUUGAUGCUAAAGGAAAGAUUGUUGUAAGUAAAAAAGUGUUCGUACACUGACAAAAAAAAACUAUUUUCAAAGCUACCAGAAUAUGGUAAAAAUUAUUAAUAAGUAUUUCUUGCUCUAUGGGAGCGCCGAAAAGCUCGGUAAUUUUUAUCGAAAGGCUUUAGCAGUGGUUUUGGUAAAAGUAACAAAAAAAUAUAGUUUUUAUAUUAUGUGAUAAAAUUUG